AUGCACAAAAUCGUCUCCUCGCCCAUCAUUCGCUCCCCCUCCCUCCUCCCACGCCCACUCCCCCGCCGGCGUCGAACCCUCACCCCUCCGCUCCCCCCCGCUCUCAUCCUCGCACUCCGAAUCCUCCUCGUCGCGCUCGUCCUUUGGUCCGAAAUCCUCGCCUUCCGGGUUGCGGCAACAUGGCAGUGCGGGUUUGAUGAUUCCCCGAGCGUCAAGGGGCGAGUGUGGGACGGGACGGUCGAUCCCUCUUCUUCGCGGUCUCGAGGGUGGACGCCCGACGUUCGAUGGCGGGACGCCGCACGCUCUCAUGACGCCCGCGGCAAACCCUUCCACGUCCUCAUCCUCACCGACCCGCAAUUGCUCGAUAUGCGGUCCUAUCCCUCUCGCAACUGGGUCCUCCGCUGGCUCGGCGUCAAAAUGACGGAUUUGUACGCGAGGAAGAGCUGGAAGGCUGUGACGAGGAGUAGGGGCAAGGGAGGGGGUGGAGUGGAUGCGGUGGUUUGGUUGGGAGACUUGUUGGAUUCGGGGACGGAGAUGGUCGAUCGGAAAGAACACUCCUCCUACGUCCACCGCUUCCACCUCCUCUUCCCCCUCCCACGCGCCUCGACCUCCUCCUUCUCCGCGCUCUCCUCCUCCCCCCGUUCCCGCUCGCACCUCAUCCCCCCAAUCCCAUCCAUCACUCUCCCAGGCAACCACGACCUAGGCCUGCACCUCUCCUCACCCUCCCUCGCACGCUACGCACGCGAAUUGUUCGAAGAGGCGUUUGGACCACCUUGGGGUGAGAGGGAGUGGAAUGGAUGGAGUCUGGUUUGGAUUGAUUCGAUGGCGUUGCUCGAGGAGGAGUUUUGGGAGGCGGAUGGGGGGCAGUUCAGGGAGAUGAGGAGGUGGUUGGACGAGUUGGGUCGCGGCACAGUUACCCAACCUCGCAUCCUCCUCACCCACACCCCCCUCUACAGACCCGAAGGGACCCUCUGCGGCCGCCUCCGCGAACACUCUCGACCUAUCUAUCAAGGGGCGGGCAAGAACUACCAGAACGAGCUUGACGAGCAGAAGACGAGGUGGUUGGUCGAGAGGGUUAGGCCCAGUUUGGUGUAUUCCGGCGACGACCACGACUCGUGCAUCAUCACCCACCCGUACACCUCGCCGCUCGACGGCGUCACUCCCGUCGUCGAGACGACUGUCAAGGCUUUCAGCAUGGCGAUGGGCGUCCGGCGACCAGGCUACCAUCUCCUCUCGCUCUACGCGCCCCUCCCUCCCUCCUCCGCCUCGCUCGACCCGUCACUUGACCCCUCCGACCUCCCCGUCUCGUACACCUACACCCAAACGAACUGCACCCUCCCGGACCAACUCGGCACCUACCUCCACCUCUACCUCCCUCUCGCCGCGUCGUUCUUCCUCUUCUUCCUUGUGCCGAAGUUGGGCAUUGUGGCGAGGACGUGGAUGACUCGGCGGAGGCACAGGCGGGUCGUCACCGCUCGUUCGAACGGGAGCGAGGCGAACGGCGGAAGCGAGGGCCGAACGCACCGACACAAACGCAGCUUGUCCAGCAAGUUGUCGUCUGUCGUGCUCGGCGCUGGUGCGCACGCCAGUCGCAGGGCGAGUUUGGCAGAGGACGAAGCGGACGCGGAUGAUGUCGAGGCACAGUAUCCGGCGUUGUUGGGCGGGUUGGCGCACCUUGAUGAUGGUGGGUUAUACUCGCCGUUGACGGGCAUGGGAGACGGCGAGGAGGAUAUGUAUGGCGGCGGUGGGCGGGUCGACGAGGGUCUGCCGACUGCGGCAAAUGGGGCGGGAGGAGGCGGACGCGGUGGAGGUCAUGUUCGGCGGGUAUCGCGCGUCUGGCUGUGGGAAGGGACGGGCAGCAAGGCCCCCUCACCUCGACACUCGCUCUCGGGCGCGCCAAACGGGAUGCUCUCGACUUCAGCCUCCGCAAACGCCCCUCUCGCUCGACUUGCUCGCCUGGCACAACGGCUCUCCGACCGACUCGCAUCCAACUCGCUCCUCGCACCUCUCUUCCGCAUCUUCUUCCGUCCCGUCGUCCGCACCCUCCGCCUCGUCUGGCGAAAACUCGCCGCCCCGUUCGUCCUCCUUACGGGCGGCAGCAUCGGCGGACCACUCGGACAGGCGUUUGGCGAGUCGGUGGAGCAGACCUGGGAGGUGGCGUGGCCGGCUGUCGCGCUGUGGCUGCUGCAGGUCGCGUGGUAUUCCAUGUAG